AAAGAUGGCAAGAAACCAACAAAAGUGAAGAAAAAAUCACCAAAAUCCUCAAAAGCCAAAACACCUAGAAUAAAUGCUGCUCCAUGUUCCCAAGUCCUUCUUAAAAUAGUGCACCGCCCAAUGCAAAGAUAAUAGUCCCUUGCCGAGACAACUAAGCCAAUAACCUAAUUAUAAACGAAUUCCGUGUCUGGUGUCCCCUUAUCCCGUUAUUUAUAAGUCCUUUCCACCAUGUGUGGUCUAGUAUGGUUUCAAUCUCCUCUCUCUCCCUAUGCAAGGAGUUUGCUCUAUUGUAGCUUAUGAGCUAUGAACAUUGUUCUUGGGGUUGGGAUUUUGGUUUCACUAUUUUACUUGUUUCAAGUACAUCAGAGGCAGUUUUAGACUCUUUUAUAGAGUUGCUUUAGUUAAUAGAUUGCUAGAUUUUGUUUCUAGGGUUAUGUUCAUUCAAAUGAAUCAAAAUUUUCUUUUUGGCUGAAAGCAAGUCUGUUUAGAGGGGGUAUUGUCGGUUUGAACACUUUCGUGCAACAACCAUAUGAUGUUAGCCCAACCAAUUGCAGUCUAGUGCCAGUCUUCAACAUAGUUAAUCUUGAUGAUCCUUGUAAAAUGCACGUUGUAAACAAAUGCCCGUCAUUUUGGACCAAAGUGCUACUAUCAACUUUUCCAUCACAACUAAUGUGCAAUGCAAUGCGCUUGCAGGAAUGCAUGUACCUAGCCGCGUCUUCCUUAAGCAAUGUGGGAGGGAAAGCCCUUGAUUUCAUGUAUACCCCAUUUACCCCUGUGAAAGGCCAAGCUAUGUGGCCCAGAAGAUUUGAAGAUUAUGGUUAUGGUGAUGAUCAAAUCUUGAGAUCAAGGGUCAUGAUGCUUGAAGCUAAUCAAAGAGGGAUGAAGAUCAUGCUAGCUGCAAUCUUCAUUGUUUGCUUGUUUUCCUUGUUGGCCACCAUCAUCCCCAUGCUGUGA